GAAAGGGGUGAGAGAAUGUAGAAGUAGGCCAUUGUACCAUAUUAAGAACUAUAUGAACCGUGAUGGACUAUCUUCAUCUUACCAAGCAUUCACCGAAGAAAUCAAUUCUACAUCCAUUUUGAACUCAAUACAAGAAGCCAUAGCUAUCCUUGAAUUGAAGAAGGCAAUCAAUGAAGAA